UCGCCCCCGACCUGGCCCAACCAUGCUGCUGCGGGGCUCCCUCUUGCUCUGUCUGGCCGCCCUGCCCGCCCUCUGCGCCCCGCUGGAGACGGAGAUCGUCACCCCCAUCCGUUUAGACCCGGACCUGAACGGGCGGCAGCAUUUCAAGAGGGGGCCGGCGGAUCCUCCCCAGCCCAGGGCGAUCUACCAGAUCACCGCCUUCCACGAGGAUUUCUACUUGAACCUGAGCCCGGACGCUCAGUUCCUCGCCCCCCACUUCGCCACGCAGUACCUGGGGCCCCGCGCCGGCCAGGAGGAGGGCGCGCCGCGCCACUGCUUCUAUUCCGGGGACGUCAAUUCGGACCGGGACUCCUUCGCCGCCUUGAGCCUCUGCGGGGGGCUGACGGGGGCCUUCGGCUACCGCGGGGCGGAGUAUCUCAUCAGCCCCUUCCAGAACGACAGCGGCAACCGGGCGCUGUGGAGCAGCCAAGGCGAGCACCUGUUGCAGCGCCGCAGCGCGCCCGGCCCGCCCGGCGGCGGCAGCAGCCCCACCUCCCGCUGCGGCGUGGGCUCCAGCCUCAACCCGGCCAUCCUGCAAGCCCUGGAGAAGUACAAGGGCGCCUGGAGGCCCGGCGGCAACGAGACGGCCAGGAAAGCGGGCCGCGCCAAGCGCUUCGUCUCCAUCCCGCGCUACGUGGAGACCCUGGUGGUGGCCGACGAGACCAUGGUCAAGUUCCACGGCGACGACCUGCAGCACUACCUGCUCACCCUCAUGGCCACGGCCGCCCGCCUCUACCGGCACGCCAGCAUCCUCAACCCCAUCAACAUCGUGGUGGUCAAGUUCCUGGUCAUCGGGCAGGACGACAAAGGGCCCAAGGUCACCAGCAACGCCGCCCUCUCGCUGCGCAACUUCUGCGUCUGGCAGAAGAAGUGGAACAAGGGCAGCGACAAGCACCCCGAGUACUGGGACACCGCCAUCCUCUUCACCAAGCAGGAUUUGUGCGGAGCUACCACCUGUGACACCUUGGGAAUGGCAGAUGUGGGUACCAUGUGCGACCCCAAACGCAGCUGUUCAGUCAUUGAAGAUGAUGGCCUUCCUUCUGCUUUCACCACGGCUCAUGAGCUGGGGCACGUCUUUAACAUGCCCCAUGACAACGUGAAGGUCUGCGAAGAGGUCUUUGGGAAGCUGAGGACCAAUCACAUGAUGUCACCCACUCUCAUACAGAUUGACCGCACCAACCCUUGGUCAGCCUGCAGUGCAGCUAUAAUCACAGACUUCUUGGACAGCGGGCACGGGGACUGCCUCUUGGACCAGCCCACCAAGCCUAUUGCAUUGCCCGAAAACCUCCCUGGGACUCACUACAACCUCAACCAGCAGUGCGAGCUGGCCUUUGGGAUCGGCUCCAAGCCUUGCCCGUACAUGCAGUACUGCACCAAGCUGUGGUGCACGGGGAAAGCUCGUGGCCACAUCAUGUGCCAGACCCGUCACUUCCCUUGGGCUGAUGGCACCAGCUGUGGCGAAGGGAGGUUCUGCUUGAAGGGAGUCUGUGUCGAGAGGCAUAACAUCAGUAAGUACCGGGUGGAUGGCAACUGGGGGAAGUGGGCACCUUAUGGCCCGUGCUCUCGGAGUUGUGGCGGAGGAGUCCAGCUGGCGAAGCGUGAAUGCAACAACCCGGCGCCUGCCAACGAAGGGAAGUACUGUGAAGGGGUUCGAGUGAAAUACCGUUCCUGUGGUCUGGAUCCCUGCUCAGAUUCAGUCCCAGGGAAGAGCUUUCGGGAAGAGCAAUGUGAGGCUUUCAACGGGUACAACCACAGCACAAAUCGGCUCACCGCCACCGUCUCCUGGGUCCCCAAGUAUUCCGGAGUGUCUCCUCGGGACAAAUGCAAGCUGAUCUGCAGAGCCAAUGGAACUGGGUACUUUUAUGUCUUGGCUCCAAAGGUGGUGGAUGGCACCCCAUGCUCUCCAGACUCCACUUCCUUAUGUGUCCAGGGCAAAUGUAUCAAGGCUGGGUGUGAUGGGAAACUUGGCUCGAAAAAGAAGUUUGAUAAAUGUGGAGUGUGCGGUGGGGACAACAAGAGCUGCAAGAAAGUCUCCGGCCUGUUCACCAAACCCAUGCAUGGGUAUAACUUUGUGGUGCUAAUCCCAGCUGGUGCAUCCAGUAUUGAUAUCAGACAGCGAGGCUACAAGGGCCUAAUCAGUGACGACAACUACCUGGCUGUGAAGAACGGGCAUGGCAAAUACCUCCUGAAUGGGCAUUUCAUCGUCUCGGCAGUAGAGAGGGACCUGAUGGUGAAGGGCAGUGUGCUGCGCUACAGCGGGACGGGAACAGCAGUGGAAAGUCUCCAAGCCUUUAUGCCCAUCCAGGAGCCGCUAACCGUGGAGGUGCUAUCAGUCGGGAAGAUGACUCCGCCUCGGGUACGGUAUUCCUUCUACCUGCCCAAAGAAAACAGGGAGGACAAGUCCUUGUACCGCAAAGACGGGAAGCGCCCCCCGGUCCUCAACAAUAGCAUCCUCACCCUCUCAAACCGCCUGGAUCCAGGCCGGCCGGAUUACAAACGCCCCUCUUACAAGUGGGCCACCACCAGCUGGGAGGACUGCUCCGUCACCUGCGGCAACGGGCUGCAGAAGCGCAUGGUGCUGUGCCGUGACGCUCUAGGCCAGCUGGCCUCCGCUUGUGACGCCACUCAGCGGCCCACCGACAUCAGGAUAUGUGGCGACCCCUGCCCUGCGUGGGAGGCGGGACCCUGGUCGCCCUGCUCCAAGACCUGUGGCAGGGGGUUCAAGAGGCGCAUACUGAAAUGCACAGGACGGGGUGGUGUUCUGCUGCCCCGCGACCGUUGCAACCUCAGGAAGAAACCCCAGGAGCUGGACUUUUGUACCCCGAGACCAUGCUGACUGGGCUGGGCCCGCUUUUGAGCAAGACAUUGAUGCACCAUUCCGGCUCUCAGCAACCAAGAGGCUGAAGGUUUCAAGAGCCUCUGGGGGGAGGGAGAGGGAGUCAACCGAGUUGAAAGGGGGAGGGGACCUGUUCCAUAGCGCAUUUCAACAAACAAAAGGAUUUAAAGCAGGCUGGGGGAAAAAAAAGAGGGCCGGCAAGAGGGGGCUGUGUGGAGGUUUCGUCGAUAAUGGUUGCUCAGAGAUGAAGCAGGAAUAAACAACUACCUCGAAGCUGCCA